GGCGGCUGUGAAUGUGAGGAGCAGCAGCUCGCCACUGAGGAGCCGGGAAGCCAGCGAGCGAGCGAGUGCAGCGGGCAAGCGGCCGGGCGAGAGCCACUGCACCGGGGCUCCAUGCAGCUGGGCGGCACGCCGGCACCUGGCACCAACGCUGGACUCAUGGGGACAUGGCAGCACGGCGUUGACACCAACCUGCUCUUCAGAAUGUCCCAACAGGGUCCUGUCGCUCUCCUUCCUUUGAAGUGUGACAUGUCUACAAUGACCCGAGACCUGGACGAGGCCAUCCGCUGCACGCUGGUGAACUGUACAUGCGAGUGUUUCCAGCCCGGCAAGAUUAACCUCCGCAUGUGCGACCAGUGCAAGCACGGCUGGGUGGCCCAUGCGCUGGAUAAGCUGAGCACGCAGCACCUGUACCACCCGACACAGGUGGAGAUCGUGCAGUCCAACGUGGUCUUCGACAUCAGCAGCCUGAUGCUGUACGGCACACAGGCGGUGCCGAUCCGCCUGAAGAUCCUGCUGGACCGGCUCUUCAGCGUGCUGAAGCAGGAGGAGGUGCUGCACAUCCUACAUGGCCUGGGCUGGACACUACGCGACUACGUGCGAGGCUACAUUCUGCAGGAUGCUGCAGGCAAGGUGCUGGACCGCUGGACUAUCAUGUCCCGGGAGGAGGAGAUCAUCACCUUGCAGCAGUUCCUGCGUUUCGGGGAGACCAAAUCCAUUGUGGAGCUCAUGGCCAUCCAGGAGAAGGAGGGCCAGGCCAUCACAGUGCCCUCAUCCAAGACCGACUCUGACAUCAGGACUUUCAUCGAGAGCAACAACCGCUCUCGUAGCCCCAGCCUGCUGACGCACCUCGAGAACAGCAGUCCGUCCACUAUACACCACUUUGAGAACAUCCCCAACAGCCUGGCCUUCCUGCUUCCUUUCCAGUACAUCAACCCAGUGUCUGCCCCCAUGCUGGGCCUGCCCCCAAAUGGGCUUAUGCUGGAGCAGCCAGGUCACAGGCCACGGGAGCCCAGUCUGCCAAACCCAAGCGACCCCAACGAGAGCAGUGAGUCGGAGGUGUCUCUCUCGCCAUUCCGCAAUGGCCAAAGCCCAAGCCUGGGGGGCACCGGUGUCGAGCCUAAGCCUGAGCCUGCCAGUGUAACAACCAUCUCCCCCACCCCCACCUCCCAGCAGCCUCAACAGCAGCAAGCAUCAAUGCAGCAGCAGCAGCGGGCUGGACUGAGUGAGCAACAUGCGUUUGUCAAGAGUGAGCAAGCCAAGAGCAUCGUUACCUCGUCCUUCUCCUCCAAGAUGCACCGCAUGCGGCGCAUGGGUUCUACCUCCCGCAAGGGCCGAGUGUGCUGCAACGCGUGCGGCAAGACCUUCUAUGACAAGGGCACCCUGAAGAUCCACUACAAUGCCGUGCACCUGAAGAUCAAGCACCGCUGCACUAUUGAGGGCUGCAACAUGGUGUUCAGCUCGCUGCGCAGCCGCAACCGGCACAGCGCCAACCCCAACCCCCGGCUGCACAUGCCCAUGCUGAGGAACAACCGUGACAAGGACCUCAUCCGCUCCAGCGUUGGCUCUGGCACAUCUGUCAUCUCCAGCACCAAAAGCGGUUUGACUCUGACCAGCCCGGGACGGCCACCUCUCGGCUUCACUACCCCACCCCUCGAGCCCAUGCUGCAGUCUCCCCUGCAAAGUUCUCUGAUCUUCCCAUCCUUGAAAUCAGUCCAGCCAGUACAACCGGUACCGCCAUUCUACCGGGCGCUGUUGUCCCCUGGGGAUCUUGUCAGCUCACCGGUCUCCCUGCCCACCAGCCCCAUACUCCCUCUGGCCUCUAACAACACAUCUCUCAUCGAGCCGCAGGCCUCGGCCCCUGGCUCCCACAAUCCCCUCGUGUCAGAGGCAGGGUUUGUCAGCCACAAGCUGCCUGGUACUGGCAUUCAGGAACAUUCUGUUGACCCCACACCCAAGAAGAAGCCCCGCAAAUCCAGCAUGCCAGUGAAAAUUGAGAAGGAGGUCAUCAGCGUGGCUGAUGUGUUUGACGACAAAGAGGAGGAGGAGGAGGAGGAGGAAGGGGGCAGGGUCCUGAAUGGAAUGACCAGCACCCACGGAUGCCACCAUCCACAUUCCCACCUUUACAACAACAGCAACCACAGUGGGGGCAGCAGCCAAGCAUCUCCCAGCCGGGAUGAGGUGAGCCCUGGGCUGGCACUGAGGAACAUUCUCCAGCUGGAUCAGGAUGAAGCUCGGACUACCAGCGAGAUUCGUUGUAUGGACAGCUUCAGUUCUGAAGAGCAGGACCAUGAAAGGGAUUUUGAGAAUGAGUCAGAGGCCUCUGAAUCCAAAAUGUUCUGUGGAGAUGAGCUCAUAGACACUGAGGAUCAGCGGAACCUGCAGAAGAUACAGGAGCUGGAGGACAGUCACCUACGGAAGGAGAUGGCGGACCAUUCCUCACCAUCUCCUCACCAGCCUGUCAUUAAGAUCAAGGAGGAGCUGAGCGACCCUACAUACGACGUGUUUUGCAUGAGCCAGUACGGACUCCACAACGGGGGUGGUGGCUUGGCCAGCAUGGCUGCACUGCAUGAGACCUUCAUGUCCUCCAUGAGCUGCGGGGCCAGCCUGCCAAGACUCCACCCAUGCUCCUCCGAGGGGAACCUUUGCUCCAGCCCCGACCCCAAGAUCUGUUAUGUCUGCAAGAAGAGCUUCAAGAGCUCAUACAGCGUAAAGCUGCAUUACAGGAAUGUUCACCUGAAGGAGAUGCAUAUGUGCACAACAGCCGGCUGCACUGCAACCUUCUCAUCGCGGCGGAGCCGGGACAGGCACAGCGCCAACAUCAACCUGCACCGAAAACUGCUGACCAAAGAGCUGGGUGAGCUGAGGGGCCCUGUCUGGCCCCUGCUGUCCUGGGGGCUGCCAGAAGAGCUCCUGACCAAGAUCUGCGGCAGCGCCCCCUUGGGGUUGGAGGCCACACGCAGGGAGACAUCAGCAGCUGGGACACUGGCAGGCACAGACCACUUUAGGGCCAGCAAAUGCUUCCAGAUCCUGUCCGGGGACUGCAAGGCGCUGGACCUGAGUUCCUCACAGGAGUCUAUUGAGGGCAGCGACGAGCUGGAGGGGGCCAGCGAAAGGGAGGGUGGCUCAAACAGGGAGGACCGGCCAAGGGGCGGUGCCAGGGAGGGGUUCCCAGAGCUGCCGGGCCAGGGGGUCGACCCGAGUGCUGUCCUGUGCAUGCUGUGUCACAAGACAUACAGCUGCAAGGGCACUCACUUCAAGACGGUGCAUCUGCGCCAGCUGCAGCGCUGCGAGGUUCCGGGCUGCAGCGUCGCAUUCUCCUCGGCGCGGAGCCACAACCAGCGCAGCCAGAACCCCAGCCUGCACCGGCACGUGGCCGAAUGACUGCCCCCCACCCCCAGGCUUCUUACUUUCAUACUGUACUUGUGGAAGUCUCUAGAGAUGCCUGGAUGGGUGGCUCUGCUGCUGCUGCAUCCCUGUGGCCCCAACACGUCCUGCCGCUUCCAUGGAAACCCUCGUCCAUCUCCAAAGAAACUGUUCGGACUCUUCUUUUGUGACUGAUGCUCGCAGAAAUGUUAGUAAUAAGAAGAGAACCUUCUCAGUGUAUUAGUGUAAUAAUAGCUUUUAAAUGACCCAUUAACAGAGCAUGACAGCCUCAUCUGUAAAUAACAUCCCAGAGGGUUCUUCAUGUAAAAAAUGUACUGAGGGUGUCAGUGCCCAUGCUGGUUUCACUUCAUGGCACCUCCAGCUCUCAGACUGAAGGAAAAUGUAGCCUCUAGCUCAUUUAAUUUCUUUAUUUUCACUUUGAUGCACACUUCAGACUAAAAAAAAAAAAAAAGCUCAAAUUCUUUUAUAAAUGUACCAAUGCAGAGAAGGCCUGCAUGUUUUUGGCUUCGGAACAUAUGAUUUGUUGUGUUGCCACAUUUGUAUGUUGACCCAGUCUUGCACUUUUCAAGUCUACAAGGGGAUGUGUAAUAUUUUGUGUGUCUUGAAGUCACCUGCCUCUAAGGCAUUUUAAGAAAAUGUUGAAAUGCUUGUGGGUCCCAGAUACAGAGAAUGUGUGGCUCCUGAGGUCAUGACCUGAUGUUCUGCUUUCCAUUUGAAAUAACUAUUGAGUCUUAGCGCAACUGCAGAAACGCAGAGUAACAUUAAUCUCUGCUUUUAGCUCUCGUAAGAGCAGCCCAAGUGCUGUUCAAGGUAUUUUUCGGAGUGAUCUCUAAGAUAUCAUCCAGAGAGUGAUCUCUAGGGUAUCAUCCAGAGAGUGAUCUCUAAGAUAUCAUCCAGAGAGUGAUCUCUAGGGUAUCAUCCAGAGAGUGAUCUCUAGGGUAUCAUCCAGAGAGUGAUCUCCAAGCUUAGUUGUUUCUUCAUUAAUGUUCCCUCCAGAAGUUGACAAGAUUUCUGUUUCUCUAUAUUAUUUACAUUUUAAUGCUUCAUUUAAGGUGAUCCAGGUGUUUUCUGAAGACUGCAUAAAUUAAGCAUGUAUUUGAACUUAACUGUGACCAAAAACAAAUGGUGUUUUCAUAUUUCAGGUUGGGGACACAAGCGUAAGGCACGAGUUUUCAGUCUUGGCUGCUCUCCAGAAAACUUUGGGUCCUCAGUGUUCUGAUGCUGUACCAUCACUAGUGGUGCAUAAGUAUGGGUGGAGACAAAGUUCACCAGAUCAUUCAGCGUUUGGACAUACGUUGUAUUUGUAAGAAUGUUGGUGUCGAACUGCAGCAGCAACUUGAUGCCAGUCAUCAUCACGGCCACCUGCUUGCUGCGUAUGAAGGUGUAGGGGCUGCAUGAGGCUG